AUGGCACCAUCACGGUUUUUCCAUAAAGCUUUCAACCGUAAUAACCGAGACCCGGAGUCAUCAAGGCCACCGCCAUUCUUAAUACCAGAACCAGACCCAACGUCAAUCAACGACAUCCCUAACUGGUCUCGAGCCGUCUUGGAAUCAGUCGGUAUCGACAAGGAUACUUGCUAUGUCAAUGGGUCUCCCACUGAUCCUAAUUAUCUCCCAAGCCUCCCGCCAAACUAUUGCUCCCUGUUGUCUACAUUAAGUGACAAUAGGCCUCACAAUAAAUCAUCCGUAGACAUUCACCCGCAGAGUCAAAGUCCAUUCUUUUCUCGUCUCCCACCCGAGGUUCGAAAUUUAAUAUAUCUCUUCGCCUUUGGGAACCGCCGAGUUCAUCUCGAUUUCAACUUCCAUCCCCAACGAGGUCAGUGGAAAUGGUGGCAUCGAGUGUGUGAUGAUGCGGAAAACUGCCACGACAAAACGUUCCAGUGUCCUGAGCACGCCGGCGCUGAAGAGGCGAUGUUAAAAUUCGGCUCACGGGCUUGGGUAAAAGAGGGGUUUGAGUAUAAAUUAAACGCGGUGGAUUGGCUAAGAUCUUGUCGGAGAGUAUACCAAGAAACCCUCCCAAUACUGUACAACUCUACGACAUUCGUUUUCACCCAUGGUAUCGAUCAACUCUUCCGCCUGUCGCGCGUCAUGCCACGGGACCAUUUGGCGCUCAUCGUAUCACUCUCUGUUGAAAUCGACAUCUACCGAAUCAUGAAGUGGCCCCCCCAUAUCGACCUCCAAUUCAAGUCUUUCUAUUCGGACGUCUUCAGGAUCCUGCACAGUGAGCUGACGAACCUCAAGGAUCUUCGGUUCUCGAUUGCGGGAUUGCCACAUCAUGGUGGAGCCCCUGUGCAGUGGAUCAAUCAAGAAGAAUGGGAUUGGAUUGCGCCAUGGGAGGGAUUGGCGUCCACUCGUAGUUGGAGAAAGCUAGACAUCGCGGUACCGAGAGCUUGGGUCCCGGAGUUUGAGGGAGUGGUGCAGCGGAACAGCGUGGUAGAGGAGCAGAGGAGGUAUCGACUUGUACUUGGGAGUGAUGGUUGGCCUAGAGGGUGGUAG